CCUUCUCCAGCCCCACUUCCUGUUCCCUGGCCUGGGCCAAGUCCUCUCAGGGCUCAGAUGUCUGAUUCCAGAUGCCCAGUCUCAGCGAGGGGGAACUGUCUCUGGGGAAGCCCCCCUCCACAUGCUUCCCCGGGCAAGAUGCCCCAGGCCUCAGCAGUGUGGCCCCCUCUGCCCUCACCCGCUCACAAGUGGUGGCUGCUCCUCUGGGGAGUCCUCCAGGCUUGCUCCACACAGGGCUCCGUGCUCUUGGCCCAGCGACUGCCCCAGAAGCUGACGUCCCCCGGGUACCCAGAGCCCUAUGUCAAAGGUCAAGAGAGCUCCACGGACAUCGAGGCUCCAGAGGGCUUUGUCGUGAGACUCAUCUUCCAGGACUUUGACCUGGAGCUGUCCCCAGACUGUGAGGGGGACUCUGUCACAAUCACAGCCAGUGGGAUGGAUCCAAGCCGGUUCUGUGGGCAGCAAGGCUCCCCGCUGGGCAGCACCCCUGGUGACAGGGAGUUUGUGUCCCUGGGAAACAGUUUGCGGCUGACCUUCCGUGCACCCGCCUCCUCUGAGGACGGGACCCCAGGCCUCCACAAGGGCUUCCUGGCCCUCUACCAAGCCGUGGGUGUGAAUCAUAGUCAGCCCAUCAGCCAGGCCAGUGGGGGCCCUGAGGCCGUCAACACACAUAGAGACAAACCUGCCAAAGUCCAGAGCCACUGCCAGGCACCCUAUUAUCAGGCCGUGGCAGCAGGGACCCUCACCUGCACCGCCCAGGUCCCCUGGAAGCAGACGCAGGAAGGGGAGGACGUUCCGCGCUGUGUACCUGUCUGUGGGCGGCCUGUCAACCCCAUCGCCCAGGAGCGGGAGACCCGCGGAGCGUCCAGAGCUGAGCCGGGCAACUUCCCCUGGCAGGCCCUCACCAGCAUCUACGGCCGCGGGGGCGGGGCCCUGCUGGGCGACAGAUGGAUCCUCACGGCCGCCCACACCAUCUACCCCAAGGACGGCUUCUUCCUGGGGAAGAGCCGGAGCGCGGGUGUGUUCCUGGGCCACACGAGCGCGGCUGAGAUGCUGCAGAGGGGCGGCCACCCGGUGCGCCGCGUGGUCGUGCACCCCGACUACCGUCAGAACGAGUCCCACAACUUCCACGGGGACAUCGCCCUCCUGGAGCUCCAGCACAGCGUCCCGCUGGGCCCCAGCCUCCUCCCGGUCUGCCUGCCCGCCCGCGAGGCGCUGUACCGCAGCGGCCGGCUGGGCUACGUCAGCGGCUUCGGCGUGCAGAUGGGCUGGUUGACCACGGAGCUGAAAUACUCGCGGCUGCCCGUGGCCCCGAGGGAGGCCUGCGAGGCCUGGCUCCGCGACAAGCGGAGGAACGAGGUGUUUUCCGACAACAUGUUCUGCGCGGGGGGUGAGAUGCUGCAGCAGGGUGUGUGCCAGGGGGACAGUGGCGGUGCCUUUGUGGUGUGGGACGAUCGUGCCCAUCACUGGGUGGCCACGGGCAUCGUCUCCUGGGGCAUCGGAUGUGGCAAGGGGUACGGCUUCUACACCAAAGUCCUCAACUACGUGGACUGGAUCAAGAGCGUGAUGGGCAGGAAGGACUGACCCUGGUGCUGAGCUGGGACACUCACUGUGGAGCCCAGACCUCAGAGGGUGGAGUUGAGGACUGAGCCCUGGACUGGGGGAGGUGGGGUUCCUAAUCAAGUCGCUGCUGCAGCAAGCCACUGAGCGAGAGAGAUGCUCUGCCUCCCACAGCCCCCUCCUCCACGCCCUGCACCUUCCUGCGGGUUUGCGCUGCACCUGGAGAAGCCCCGUACAUCUCCGCUUUGAACUCCAUCUCCCCAGGACACAGCCUCGUCAGUACUCUCCUGGGAGAUAGUCCCCUUCUCAUCCUCCUGUUCAAGUGCAGUGUCAGGAAGUGGUCUCAAUUCACUGCAUUUCUGAAACAUUCCAAAGCCCCUUUAGUUGACCUUCAAAUAUCCAGACUUUUGGCUUCACCACCUACCACAACUCCUAGCCGCAAUUGUAGUCAUAGAUCUUUGUUUGCUUGUUUGUUUUACAUCUUCUGUGUACCAGGCACUUCAUGUAUGUUACUCCACUGACUCCUAAAACCAAAUUUGCAAAGGAUGAGUUAUUAUCCACGUUUUACCAACCAGGAAGCUAAAGCUCAGGGAGAUAAAGGGACCUUUCCAAACCCCACGUCUGAUACAGGACUGGGAUGGCUGCGUGCUUUCCAGUACACCUCUACCCCUCUCAGGUGUCCUUAAGACCUACUGUGUCGCCCAGCCCCCAACCCCCACGUCCUUUCUGAUUCUCCCUCAGUGGGAAUUCCUGCCUCGGUGAAACUGACAACAGCUGGCUCACACUUCCUGCUGCCCCCCACCUCCUGCAGACACCUAGGUGAGCCCCACACUGGGCUGGGCAUCCCUGCAGACACCCCCAGUGCUGCUGGACACCCCAGGCCAUGUCCCCAUCAUCAAGCAUGCUGUUCCACCUGAAAAGACCAACUCUUUAAUUUGUAGUACAGACUGGAGGUGAUUUAUAGUAAAAGACAAAUAAAAUACAGUUGUUUAAAUGGAAAUCGAAAAUGAAUACCAUAAAACAGAGAAGAGAGUAAAUUUGCUAGCCUUGAGGGUCAAGUUAGCUAUGUGAGUAAAGAUUAAAUUUAUCUUUGAAAAACAGCAAGAUUCAAUGUUGUACACACAUGUGGUUACUUCUAUAUUUCAAGCCUAUACAUAGUACAAAAAACUAUUAAAAAUACUCAAAAUAUUAA